AUGGCCACCGGCACUGACACCCGCGGAGAAGGGGCGCCGCGGUCAUCCAUAGAGAAACCGCCCAUUCUCUCUGCAGAUCCAGCCUUCGAUCGCCUGCCCGACGAGAUAAUUGAACAAAUUCUACAACUUACCGACCCCGACUCCUUUGCCUCGCUCGUCCUCCUCAACUCGAAGUGGCGCCAGGUCUCCCAGCAGGCCCAGCUUUACGCCCUCCACCUCUCGAAAUGCGAAACCUACUCUGCGAGCCACCCUCCUCUGCGCGAAACCGACGUCAAAGAAGAUGACCUCUCCCGCCUUCGAAGACUCUUCGCCCGAGAAGUCAAGCGCAAUCUCUUCGAAGCCUAUCUACGACCGCGCGAGACCGUAAUCAGGCUGAUCUCCAAUUCCAUCAGCUCCUCGUCAUGUCCGGGCGGCGAAGGAAUGCAAUUCAGCCCAUCGCCGCGCGGGCAUCACGUCCUGGCCUACAACUCGUCCAGAAUAUACGUUCUUGAUAUGAGGGGCAAGGAUAUCGAUGUCAAGAGGGAGUUCAAGAUUCUGCGCCGCCCCGUUUCGACAUGCAUCAAGGACGACGGCUCCAUGCUCGCAGUCUUGUCCUCGGAAAUGCAGGUCGAUCUUUACGAUCUUGAGCCAUCACCACCCCGCCGUACUCAGUCCCUCAUUUUGGAUCAUGCACCGCGCACCAUCGCCCUAUCGCCAUGUGGUUCCGUUUUGGCUGCAGCCUACGAGGGUGGCAUCGAGGUAUCGCUGGUCAACCCGGGUGCGCUGCCCACUGACAGAAGAGCUGUCAAAUGUGAUGGCGUCGACUCUCUCUCCUUUUCUUUUGACGGAACACAGAUUCUUGGCACAACCAUUCACUCUUCGCCGCCGAGCACCGUCAUUCUGACUGCUCCCUACUAUGACCCUGGCAACCAGAUGGCCGAUGACAGCAUCAGUGCGUUGUGGACGACGUCGAUUCUCUUUCCUAAUACGAGCCGAGACUGUAGCCAUGCUGUCCUGCUGCAAGACACAAGCCAAGAGGAAGCCAGCUGGACCUUCACCUACGACCGCAGCUUCGAGACAUUCAGAGCCGUACGGAUCGGCGACCUGCGCAAUGGAACGACAUACUUCACUGGUCCGAAACCUCACCCGGCUUCCCAGGCCAAGUUGACUCCUUGCACACUGCCGGCAGCUACUUAUCAUGGCGAUCUCGUAAGUGCCGGUUUCCAAGGGAAGGACGUCUGGCUUUACGGCGUCCCGGAAGACCUGGAUGCGGUUCCCGAAUUCUCCUCAGGGUCCGAUGCAUCAUCUUCCACUGGCCGGCGAAACAGCGGCCCUCCAUCUCGCUCGUCGUCAUCCCGCGCCCAAGAAAAUCCCAGGGUACCUCAGUGGCAGAUGCUGUGCGACAAGCUUCGGAAUACCUUUGUCUGGGGAGCCAAGAUUGCCGAGCUUGAUGGCGUGAGCACCGUGAAGUGGGUUGCUGGCUUCGGUGAAACAUCAUCGCAGGAACGUCUGGUGAUUGCAGCUCGUGGUAUUUCGCCCACCAAAUCAGUCGUGGACGAAGACGACAUUGACUUCAUCGACGGCGGUCGAAUAACUUUGCUCGACUUCGACUACGGAGUAGAAGACGGAGUCAAGACUGAGAUCGAAAUCGAAGUUGGCACAAGGGAACCUGAGGUUCUUGAAGAAGAGCAGAGAGACAUCGACACUGAGGUUGCCAUAGUGCGCCGCAGAACAGUUGCUCAGAAGCGUGGGGACCGAGGCCACAUGAUCCGUGCAGCUACAAGUGCUGCGAUUAGAGGCAAUCCCAUACCCCCGAUGCCCUCAAUGCCUCCGAUGCCCCAGGCGAGAGAAGAACCCGAAGCCGAGGACGCGGACGAAGAUGACGACCCCCUCGUUCCCAGACGUGUUGGAGCGCCGCCCCGGAUUAACGUACAGCAACCGACGUCUGCUUCUGCUGGCGAGGAGGGCGAGACUGCGUCGAUGAUUGAGGAAGAGGAGGCUGUGGAAGCCCCUUAUGCCCACGAUGGACCUCGCUCCACGAACACUCUCCGCCGAGCCGCGACUGCAGCAGCAAUGAACCGACGCCGCAAUCCUGCACCCCCUGUCGCCGGGCCGGUCGAGUAUCGGCGAGCCGAUGGCCGUCGCGAGCACCCUCACGAGAGUGACGCAGACAACUGGGUUCCGCCGCCACCGCCUUACCAGAAGGAGGAUCCCGGCGAUUUGCCCUCGUUCUUGCGAAACGCCGCCAUUACACCUAACGGUGUACAGGUCCAACCCCAACCAGCUAGGAUACAAACAGCUGCACCUACGAUUGGGUCUUCCGCUUGGCCAUUACCCGGACGCCCGACUCUGGCGCAGACGUCACCCCGUCCUCUCAGUUACCAGGAGCCUUCCAGUGUCAGUCCUGCCUUGACCAGUCAUCAUCUGCGGGUUGCAAGUGACACGACGCACAUGAGCCGACCUCGCACCGCGGACUCGGAUCGGCCUCUGUCUAUUCCUGUCUCUCGUGUUGACGACGAUGAUGAUAUCUACGACGUCUCACCACCAGACUCUCCCCGAGCGGCGGCCAGAAGGGUCAGUCAACCAGAGCCCGAGUCGGAGGAACGACUAGUCAGCGAGUCCUCGCUAGUCUCGCCAUUGAGUCGUAGGGUGAACUCCGACUUGAUAUCUCCGCAAGACUCGAUGGUGUCUCCCGACUUCCAAAGGACCCAUUCUCCCCCUUCGCUAGGCCUGGCUAUACCCUCGGCGGGCCUGGGAAUCUCUACAAUUCCUCUCGAAACUCAGCUGAACAAUGAUAACGAGAUCCCGAUAGUCAGGCGACUGUCAAACGCACAAACGUGGCCGAGGGCUGCUCAGCCUGCCAGCGGGCCCGAAGCAGAACCUGAGGCUACUUCAUCCACCGUCUAUCCGUACUCUGCACCUCCGAUCGAUGCGAGUGCUGCGAUGAUGAUGGCUUCCGCAUUGCCACCUCCACACAGGGCUGAUCAGUUAGCUAGCUUGCACAAUCAUGAGCGGUCGACCCCUCCUCGGCCCUUUUCUGGCAGCUUCAGCUCUGUUCAACGCGUCCCGGUCGGCAGUCGCAGGCCUGGUUCACGUCGGGCGUCUGUCCCGCAGCCUGGGCCGCUCGCCGACGGACAUCAGCCCGCUGUACCAGACAUGAGCAAUAACUCCCCGAUCGAGGAUCAGCCCCUCAUCAUAAGUACCCCCGGGGGUGUUGUGGGUGCAUACGAUCUACCAACACGCCAGCAGUCGAAUCGUAGAACCGAGAUGCCAUUGUUGGCGCCUAUACCACGCCACCCUCGGCCGGCACAGCUGGGUCCUCUCAGACCUACCGUCGAGCGUUUGGAGACGAUUUACAGCGUAGCGCCGGCACAGGAAGCCGCCGAUGAGGCUUCCGGCAGUAGAAAUCUACUUCCUGGGUGGCUUCAGGCCCCGUCAACAACUUCCGCCGGCCGCCAGUCCCAUUCUUCUGUGAAUAGGAGACCGAGCCGCGCCGAGCGGAGCGCGGCCAAGAAUAUCAAGGACGCUAAGCGUCGCGGCUGGAACGGCUCGAAGAAGAAAAAGAAGAAGAAGGUCGACCCGGAGGUUGCCAGCACCGCCGCCUGGACCGAUGUCUCUGGUGUGAGCAGAAGCGAGCCACACGGCAAGGGCCAGAAGCAGAAGGACAAGAAGUGUGUCCUGAUGUGA